ACGCGGAACAGAGUGAAAGCAGCGCCGGACAGAGGGCGGGAUUUCAACUUUCCGAAUCGACUCGUAGACAUUUAGUCCGUUCUGCUCCCAGUAGCCGGACUGUCAGUUGUAUUUUAUGCGCGUGCUUGCCAGAAGUUUGCGUCUUAAAUUUUGUCUAGCCACAUCGGAAAACACUGCAGGCUUUUUUUUUGUUGUUGAACCCAGACAAAGCUCCAGGAGCUGGAUCGCCUCUGCGCCAACUCUUACCCCAAAACAAAGCCGUGCCAUUUGAAUGAGAAGUGCACUUUUAGUUCGGCUCAGGAAAAUAACACACAGCUGUCAGAAGGAAGUGCACUAAUGAUCUGACUUCUGUAAGGAAAUGGAGUAGCUCUAAACUCCUGCCUGAUUGGGAAUAAACACUACACAGUGAGAUGCUUUGGAGGAAUACUGAAUCAUCUCCUGGAAAAUAAUAAAACCCGCAAGUCCAACUUUUUCUCCAGAAUUCAGAGUUGAGAAGCUGAAUUGUGAGCAGUUUUUCUAAACCCAGGCACCGGUAGCUGUUCUGUAACAGGAUGGACGCGUUAGAGACUCUCUCGGGCUCUGCGCUGGAAUCUAAAGCAGAGCGCAUCGCACGCUACAAGGCCGAAAGGCGGCGUGAGUUGGCGGAACGAUAUGCCAACCUGGAGGACAUCACCUCCAAAUACACCCGGAGAGAGAGACAUCGAGACAACGCAGAUGCUCCAGACUCAGGCCCUAGCACAGAGCAGAAGUCUAAAGAGGUCACUGUCCAUACACAAAGUCAGCCUGCUGAAGCUAACGACAAGGAGGGAGGAGAGAGCGAGAAAGAAGUGAAAAGUGAAACUAACAAGAAACAGGGAUCUGCAACAAGAUCCCGGCUCGGUCUGCUGAGCACAGAGGAAGUCAAACUGCCAAAGGCAGCUGAUGAUAAAGAAGAUGACAGCUUUAAGACGAAUGCGUCUGCCAGGAUGUCUCGCUGUAAAGAUUCGGCGACACCUGAAAUCUCGACCAGCUCAAAAGCCAUCUCAGAGGAAGCCAAACAGGAAGGUCAUCGUGCCAACAGGCAUAGAGAGCCAAUCAGCACUCAGGACAGGCCAACUAAAGCCAGUCAGUCCUUGCUGUGUUCAUCAGCUGGGGAAGAGGAGCCAGAUGGAGAGAAGGGCAGUGAGAAGAUGGAAGCAGAGGAUGAAGGGGAGAAGGAUUCGGUCAGUGAACCUGAGGCUGUUGAGAGACCGUGUACACCAGUUAUCGAGGAGCCCCAUUCAAUCCCCACGCCGACUGUGAAAGUUGAGGAGCAGGAGCCCAAGGCGCCUGCAGCAGGCUUGCAAAGGCAGGACUCAGGUUCACAUGGCCUCAGGGGCAUCCUAAAGAAGAGCCGUUCUGCCAGCCUGGAGGCCGAGCCUGCGCCAGAGAGAAGUGAAGCUCAAGGCAGAGACAGUGAGGAGAAGCAGCAGGAGGAAAAAACGGAAGAGAUAGUAGAGGAGACAAAGGUGGAUGGUGGGAUAAUGGUCAGGCAGAGGGAAAACAGCAGCUCUGGCGAUGCUCCCCGAUCACCUUCUCUGUGUACAUCUGAGGACAGCGAGGAGCUGGACAGCAGUCUGGAUGGCAGCAUGAGCUCCUCUUUCAACCAGAGGCUGGCUGAGCUGACAGGUGAUGACGAAGAUUGGCGCAGUAAGCUGAAGAAAACCAAAGCCGGCGAUGUGGUCCAGACGUCCCUGGCUGACCGCUUCAGCCAGCUGCAGGACUCUGAGAAAGCCUGGAAGAAGAAGAAAUCUUCGGCUGAUGUGGAGACAAAAAUGUCCCUAGCCCAGCGGAUGAAGAUCCUGCAGGAGAAGGAAGAACAGUGGAAAGCCAAAGGGAAAGGAGCUGCCAACGACUCCACACAGUUCUCUGUGGCUGGACGCAUGGCCAAGAGAGGCCUUGUAUCCCCUAGUAGAGACGAUGUGCCUGUUAUCCUCAGCAAGAAAGCAAGCCAAAGCACACCAGUCAAGCCUUUAGAAGAGAUCUCCACUCGACCUGACGCCGAGGGCGACAAGCGCCUUGACAAACUGGAAUCCUUUCUAGACAAACUUCACAAUAAAGGUGUAAGCAGUAAACCGUCUACCAUCGAGGUGACUGAGGAGAAGGAGAAGGAGGUAAUGACUCUGGAUGACGAUGAGACGUUUCAGCGCUUUUUUAAGUCCACGUCCCCUACAUCUCCAACCCCAAAUUUGAUUUUGGGUAAAGAGGAAGAUUUCAGUGCUGUUCUGUUAGACUCUCCAAAGCUAACCACAUCAGUAGCAGAGCACAGGCGGUCAGUGAGGCCGUCCCGCAACACAAAAGGCUCGAGGAAUCCUCUACGUGCCCUGGCAGCUCGAGACGACCUGAGACAGGCUUACACCGAGCAGAGGCUCAACAUAGCAACCGUGGAGGCCAAGAGGAUCCAAGUAGAGAGAAUGGCUAAACACUCAAGACUGGCUGGUUGUGCCUUGGCUGGAUUGGCAAGUAAAGAGAACUUCAAGAAUGUAAACCUUCGAAGUGUUAAGUCCACUGAAGUGGUGACCAACAACAGCGCUGUGCCUUUUCACAAGCUCAUGCUCAUCCACAUCAAAGGGCGUAGACAUGUUCAGGUGCGUCUGGUGGAGCCCACAGCCCGCUCUCUGAACAGCGGUGACUGUUUUCUACUAAUCACCUCAAAUCACUGCUUCCUGUGGUGUGGGGAAUUUGCCAACGUUAUCGAGAAAGCCAAGGGCUCAGAGAUGGCACAGUAUGUCCAGGCUAAGAGAGACCUCGGCUGUAAAGCCCCUCAGGUCACGUUGCUGGAGGAGGGCAUCAACACAAACAGCCGCUCUGCCAAGGACUUCUGGAACCUUCUCGGAGGACAGACCGAAUAUAGAGCUGCCGGUGAUCCUGAUGAAGAUGAACUGUAUGAGAGCGGGAUUUUGGAAUCGAAUGGUUUUUACAGAGUGGUGGAAGACAAGUUAAUGCCUUAUGAGGAAGCCUGGGCCUCCAUCCCCAGUGUGUCUGUGCUCAACUCCAAAGAGGCCUUGGUGUUUGAUUUUGGCAGUGAGGUGUAUGUGUGGACGGGGAAGGAUGUGGCUCUGAGUGACAGGAAGGUGGCAGUGCAGCUGGGCAAACAGCUCUGGAGUGGAGCCUAUGAUUACAGCACCUGCAGGGUCAACCCUCUGGACUCCUCCUCCGCCAAUAAGGAUAUCCCUCAACAAGGUGAGGGCAGGCCGAGUUGGGCUCUGUUUGGAAGGCUUUCAGAGCAUAAUGAGACAGCACUGUUCAGGGAGAAGUUUCUGGACUGGGCCGAGCGUAAACCCAUGAAAGACGAGCCAGUAGUGGGGGAGGUGAAGAGUCCAGUACACCAACAACCCACCUUCACCCAGGACUCGGACCUGAAGCCGUGCGACGUAAAGGCACUGCUGGAUGGAGGAGACAUUCCUCUAAAGAUGGCUUUAGAGGGUGUAGAUGUGCAGAGAGGUUAUGGGUUAGUCAGGUCAGAAGACGGACGGCAGGCUCAGUUAGCCACGGUGGCAGUAGACGCAUGGCACAUUCGCGAGUUCGAUGAUUUUGCGAUACCAGCUGAGAGCGUGGGUCAGCUGCACGAGGGUGACACGUACGUCAUUCGCUGGAAGUACUCCAUCACCAGUGUGGUGGGUAAAAGACAGAAGCCUGGUGAGCUGAGUGCCACAGGUCCUGGAAGAGAGCGCACUGCUUGCUUCUUCUGGCAGGGCCGUCAGUCAAGUGUGAGUGGGCGGGGCACGUCAGCGCUCAUGACGGUGGAGCUGGGAAAUCAGCGGGGAUCACAAGUACUCGUCACACAGGGCAAAGAGCCGCCCUGCUUCCUCCAGCUCUUCAAAGGAGGACUAAUCGUCCACCGAGGCUCCAGAGAGGACAGUGAUAAAAACACAGGUGGCUGGAGGAUGUUCUGUAUCCGUGGGGAGGUAGUAGUAGAGGCAUCUCUUCUGGAGGUUGAGUGCUGCAGUGCUAGCCUGCGCUCUCGCGGCUGUCUCCUCGCCUUGGGAGUACAACAGAGACAGCUGUACCUGUGGCGUGGCUGCAAGGCUCAGCCGACAGCCCACGACGUGGCCAAGAGGACUGUGGAGCGCCUCACGCACAUUUGUCCUCCAGAGCUUGGGUUAAACAGCAACACUAAUCUGAAAGUGCAGGAGAUUGAAGAAGGCUCAGAGCCACAGGAGUUCUGGGAUGCACUUGGCAAGCAGGACAGGAAAGCCUAUGACUGCAUGCUGCAAGAUCCAGGAAAAUACAACUUUACACCUCGUCUUUACCGCCUCAGUGCCAGUUCUGGAGCCUUUGAAGGGGAGGAACAACUGAGUCCUUCGCGAGUGACGGGCUCUGUGAUGGCGAUGCCGUUCCUGCAGGAGAACCUUUACUCCGCCCCUCAGCCAGCUCUGUUUUUGCUGGAUAACAGGAUGGAGGUGUACCUGUGGCAAGGCCAGCAGCCAGAGGAUGCAGAGUGCACGGGUUCUGCUAAGAUCCGCUGGGACAACGAAAGGAAGUGCGCCAUGGAGACUACCCUGCAGUACUGCAAAGCAAAGAACUCCAGGCGACCUCCGCCAGCUUAUCUAAUCUUGGCUGGAGCUGAGCCCCUUACAUUCACUAACAUCUUCCCAUACUGGGAGAAAGAUCCCAGCAUCAGAGUGCAGAGUAUGAGGAAUAAAGUAAUCCUGGUAGAAGAUGCUCUGUCCAAGCUGAGUAAGAAUCAGUACUCUCUGGAGGAGCUGACCACCAGACCGCUGCCUGAGGGAGUGGAUCCUCUGCACCUUGAGGUCUACCUGUCUGACAUAGACUUCCAGACGGCUCUGGAGAUGACGCGAGAAGAGUUCAGUGCUCUCCCCAACUGGAAACAGCUCAACCUAAAGAAGAGCAAAGGCCUCUUUUAGAUUUGUAAUGGAUUCUUCACAAAAGGAAGGACAGACGCUUUUGUGUGCUGAUGUGGGAACCCAGUCCAUGUAUAGUACCAAAUGUACAGUGGGAACUUUUUUUUACACAAUGAACUGACCUGGCAAUUUUGUAGAGAAUUUUUUCUAAAUGCCAAUUAUGUAGCAAACUAGCUUCAAACAUGAAUUGAAUGGAUUUUAUAUAUACGCUAAAAUGCAUAAAAAAAAAAGCCUAUACCAUCUGAUGUUAUUGUCACUUAUAUCAACUUGUGUCUGACUACAAGGGUGAAUUUUCUAAUUGCCAAUACAGGUCUUUUGUUUUAAAGAAAAGACUAGCUUUCUAAAAACCCCUAAUAAAUUUGCUCUCAUUAGUUGUUAGCAAAAUGAAAAGCCAUAUAGAUGUACACAUAAAUGCCAUUCUAACAGUGUUAUAUGUGGAGUUUGGGCUCUAAUACUGUGGCUUUCCAGCAUGUACUACCUAUGUUAAAGCAAAUAACUGUUAAUAACAUUUUUGUAAUUGAAUAUAAUGUGCCGUUUAUGGAAUCAUACACAGUAUGUGCUUUGUUUCGAACCGGAUCACUCCUGCAUUAACCACAAGGUGUCAGGCUUCAUCACAUUCAAAGGAGCACUGGGUCAGAAGAAGUGCGUGGGCAUAACCAUGUGUUAUAACAUCCUAAAGUCUUGCUUUGUGUUUCAUGUAAAUCUGUAAUAUUAUUGUGUAAUGAAUGAAUGCGUUAUUGUUGCUAACAUUCCCUCAGAUAUGUAAAAGCAGUAAGAAGUCUUGUCUCGUUUUUUUUUGUUUUUGUUCAGAAAUAACAAGGUUUUUUUUGUAAGUUUGCUUCAAGCCAUGACAAAGAGAUCAGAUGGGUAUGGCGGAGAGAGGUAGCUAUGAGAAGCUAUAAGCAUGUGUAUAAGUAGAUGUUUAUUUCCAUGACAAUAACUCUCACACGUGAAGGCUGACUGAUGCUCAGAUGUAAUCUUACCAUAAAGGUUUCCCAGAGUGGUUCAGAAGGUAAUCUGGUACAAGAGACUCGUUAUUGUGUGGGAAGACGUCAUUAGGGGAAAGUCUGGGAAAGUGAAUGGCGAUUAGAGCGUGAUUGCCUGUAGAGAGAUUGGCAAGUCUGUAAUGAACGCUGUAGUGUGAGGAGAAAGCAGAUCACAGGAGGUAAAGCGAGUAGGUGCGGAACAAUCGGAUAACACGACGAGUCAAAGUGUGAAGGUGAUCCAGUGGCGGGAUUCAGUGGCGGGAUUCAGUGAUCCUCUGUCAUCUCUUCCUCUCUCAGUUCUAUCCUUCACAUGGUUACAUUCAGGAUCUUUAAUUAAAGC